CGCUGCGCAGAUGAGAAAAAUGACAUUACAAAAUGGAUACAUCUGCUGCAAACAGAGAAUAGUUUCCUGGUUGUACGGGACUCCACGACAUCUGUUCCCAGCCUACUGUGUGUGUCUGCAGGAGGAGACAAUAAUGAAGCAGUUAUUGAUUAUUGUAUCAAAAGCACGGGCACAGUCCUCCAGCUGUCUGAGUCUCGUCUUUCUUUCUCCGACUUGGCGCAGCUCGUGCUCUUCUACUCGCUGACCAGGGAUGUGUUGGCGGUCUGUCUCUCCAUCCCUCUCUGGAUCUACGGUGUGACAGAGAAGACCAGAGAUCUCUCUCAACUUGAACCUGAAACUUGGCUCUGCUCCCCAACGGACCAACAGACUGAUGAGAUGACCCAGAGAGAGCCGAGCAACGUGAUGUGCUCCAUACAGCUGACUUCCACCAACGGGGCCUUGUGUAUCAUCAACCCUCUGUACCUGCGGGAACAUGGAGAUGAUUGGCUGACCAACAGGACGACUUCAGCUCAGAGCGCCACUCAAUCGCCCACCAAUUACAGAAAAGAGCGCCGCCUCAGCUCCACCAGAGCAUGGGCAGGAGCCGGGUUACUGAGUAAAAGAGCCAUCUCCAUGGAGCAGGACUCUGCUGCCAUCACAGAGACCUCUGGUCUGACCAGAGCCUUGUCAGCUGAUUCUCCUCACUGCCCAACGUCAACAUCAGAAACUUCAGCAGGCGUUGUUCUCCGGAGGCCCAGCAGAGACGCUGCCUCCUCCCCUGCUCCAGACAGAGUGAGUUCUGGGAGCCUCACCCCCUCCACCCCCUCCACCCCUGGGGGUUCGAACCGAGCGUCUCUGGAGCUGCCCCCCCACGGCAGCCCGGUGCCUCUGUCCCCCCACAGGGUGUCCUGGGUCGAGGAUGGAGUCUGGCUGCCUCCUCCCAGACCUUCCUCUCGGCUCCAUCCUCCAUCUCUGGAGCUCGACUCGCUCUCAAUCAGCAGCAUCGAGGAGGAGCAGGAGUACCAGAUCCCCAGCCCUGCUCCACACCACCAGUCUGCUCACCGAUUGGCCGACAAGGUCAUCCACCGUCUGUCGGCCGUGGGUCAGGCCCUCGGCGGAUUGGUCAGCCAGAAGAAGAGACUGACCAAUCGCGUGCAUGAGCUGAGCGAGAGGAAAGGCUCGGCGUUCGCAGAGGCCGUGAAAGGAUUUGUGGAAAUGACGCUGAAGAAAGCUGGUGAUCACGGCGGGGUCACGGGGUCAGAGUUCCUACAGGAAGUGAGGUCAUCGCUCAGCUCACUGAGGGAAACGCUGCUGGACUAUCCAGACAUCCUGGCACUGUUGGACAGCAUCACCGACCUAAAUGACUCAGAGAUCGACUCCCUGCUGGAGCUUUCCCUCUACAAAGUUGCACUGAAGCCGGUCUCUGCUCACCUCUACUCCUGCAUUCACGUGUCCCGGACCAACGACGGCAGCUUCGACCGUCUGCAGAGCAACAUGAGCGUUCUGGAGAAGAACGGGGUGGAGGAGCUGGGCGGGUCUGCAGGCGUUGGGGUUCCCGACUCUCUCACCCUGGAGAGGAUCCAGCAGAGGUGGACCAGUAUGCACGCGGCGUACUCUCCCAACAAGAAGGUCCACAUCCUGCUGAAAGUCUGCAAGAGCAUCUAUCACAGCAUGAGUGCUAAUGCUAACUCAGGCACAGCGUUCGGAGCGGAUGACUUCCUGCCCUGCCUCACCUGGGUUCUGCUCCGGAGCGAUGUGGUCACUUUACACCUGGACACGGACUACAUGAUGGAGCUGCUCGACCCCACACAGCUGCAGGGAGAGGGUGGCUACUACCUUACAACUCUAUACGCCUCUCUUUACUACAUCAGCAGCUUCAGGCCUCGAUUGGCCGCCCGUCAGCUGAGCGUCGAAGCGCAAAACUCUCUCAACCAAUGGCAUCACAGGCGCACGCUCCACUGCAACCAAUCGCGGCGCAGCAGCAACCGACGGACCAUUCGCAGGCAGGCGUGUCAGGACAGAGGGUCGCAGAACUCUGAGACGGACACUGAGAGGAGAGAGGAGAGAAGUGGAGGAGACGGGGAGUCUUUUGAUAAUAACGAGGAGGAGACACAGCAGCACACAGAACCCGAGGCUCUGCAGCCGCUGGAUGAGGAAGCACACACUCCUUCCGACUGUAACCAGAGAGAGGAGGUCACGAGCAAACAGGAAGAGACACAGAGUGUGUGUGGAGAAGAGGACCACAGAUUAUUGUAAUUUAGAAACAGAUCUGAGAUGCAAUGAGCUGUUGGACACACGUGUAUUUGACCAUUUAGCUUUAAAGAGGCCCUAUUAUACCACGUGGGACCUGAAACACCUCCAUUGGACUCCUUUGUUUACUUCAGGAACAUAAUGACAUCAAUAUGUAACACUUGCGCUUCUAUUGGCUAGCACUCCAACACAUUGUUCGUGAUAGGCUAAGCGGCGGGACUUCUCUAAGCGGACGGAGAAGAGGACCACAGAUGAUUGUAAUGGAGAACAAAUAUAGAUGCAAUGAGCUGUUGGACACAUAUUUGAGCAUUUAGACUUAAUAAGACCCUAUUAUGCUAAUUGGGGUGUUCACUUUCAUGUAGUUAUAGUGGUUUCUGUGCAUCUAAAUGGUCUGCAAAGGAUAACAUCCCUGAGUUUCUUUCCCACACACUCCCACCCUGUCUGAAACGCCUCCAUUGGACUUCUUGUUUACUUCAGGAACAUAAUGACAUCACUAUGUAACACUUGCGCUUCUAUUGCUAGCGCUCCAACACAUUGUACGUGGCGUGCUAAGAGGCGGGACUUCUCUAAGCGGUUGACCAAUCACAACAGAGCCGGCCAGCUAACCAAUCAGAGCAGACUGGGCUCUGGUUUCAGACAGAGGGUGGAAAGAGGUGCUGCAGCUGGAGACAUGUCACAGUAUAGGCACAACAUACUGAUAUGAACCUGAGCAGAAUACGGCCCCUUUAAUAAAAAACUCAAAUCAUUGUUCAUUUGAAAAGGUCACACUGUUCACAUUGAGGCAAUAACUUGUUGAGGCUUCUCCUUUUGAAAGGGCCAUUGCUAUACAAAGUUGGAAAGCACUGGCCUAAAUGAGUCCAAAUGAGCUGUAUUGAAAAGAAUAGAAGCAAGUAUUGAAAUGUUUUUAUAAUUGUAUUUAUUUUGGACAGCUAAUUUGUUCAUGUUUGACGGCUUUUAGAUGUUGGUUGUACGCCUUGUUUCUGCUCUCAUCAGUUAUCCAUAUCAUUUCCAGCCGCACACAAUAUCUCUCAUUUAUUAUUUACAGCACAAAACAGGGGGCACCAGCUGAUGAAUGAGCAAACAAAGCAAUCAGUUUAACUUUAAUUAUCCGCAUCAAACACGGAAAAUCUUCGGGGCAGAAACAAGUUAGCAUCUCGCUGGUGAACAUUUGGCUGGAGUGAGAGAAAGAGACCAUGUGUCUCUAAAUAAAUGCUAAUGUAGCUCCGUAUCUUCAGCCUGUUUAAAUAGACUGGUCUUUGCUGAUAUAUUAUCUAUAGAACUGUCAUAAUGCCAAAGUAGGUGUGUCGUUUUUUGCUUCAUGUGGCUGUGGAUAAAUAAAUUAAGCUUAAAGAAACA